UCGUGUGAUUUCGCUCGCCCCCGCCUUGUUCUUUUUCGACAUCCCGUGGCGAUUACACGCGUUUGCACCCGCUCCCGCUUGGGUUGAAAAUUUUCCUUGCCUAGCCGCGCUCUUCAAAUCUUUAACCAACAACAAUGGGUGUCCCAGCUGGUGAUGUUGAGAAGGGCAAGAAGCUGUUCGUGCAGCGGUGCGCCCAGUGCCACACCGUCGAGGCCGGUGGCAAGCACAAGGUCGGCCCGAACCUGCACGGACUGUUCGGCCGCAAGACGGGCCAGGCCGCCGGCUUCAGCUACACCGACGCCAACAAGGCCAAGGGCAUCACCUGGAACGAGGACACGCUGUUCGAGUACCUGGAAAACCCGAAGAAGUACAUCCCCGGCACGAAGAUGGUGUUCGCCGGCCUGAAGAAGCCGCAGGAGCGUGGCGAUCUGAUCGCCUACCUGAAGUCGGCCACCAAGUAAGGUGCAUAAGGGGUCGAAUUACCCGUGGGGGUGUGCGGUGGUGCUCGUGGUGUACUGUUAAGAACGGGUAUCGGUGUCCUAAAUUCAGCCAAAACACUGCUACAGAUUGAAGAGAGAAAAUAGAACUCACACACACUCACUCAAGCUUCUUCUCCAUUGAGAUUCGGAACGUUUAAGAUCAGCAAAAGAACCGUAAGAAAUAGGAAACAGACAGAUAGAAAGAUAGGCAUGAGCGCACA